AUGGCUGGCAGGCCAGGAUUCAUAAGUAGCUCUCACUUCGUUGACAACUGGCAUGAAGAAUUUGGAGCCCACUGUACUGAUUAUGUCCAACUGGCCUUUAUCACUUCUUGUCUCUUUAUUUUUGUGGGAGGUAUAUUUAUCAUCUUAAUGGUCAGAGUAAUCCGCUAUAUAUUGCAUAGGUGCUUCUUUAGAUAUACCAUUCAAUUUCAGGUAAGCAUGAAAUUGCUGAAUUUCUGGAAAGGAAAAUUUCAGGACAAGGUGGUAAUGAUGAUUUCAGCUCAGACGUCUAUAGGCCGUAUUCUGGUAAUACUGGUGUUCCUAUUUAGUAUUGGAUCACUCAUCCUUUACUUCAUCAACUGUUACAGUGUUAAAGAGUUUUGUCUCACCUUUGAAGACCGGACAAUUUUGAUCGAUCUAUUCUUUAAUUUAUUUUUUCUUCUGCAUUUUGGAUUGCGGUUUUUGGCAGCAAGUGACAAGCUAGCAUUCUGGUUGGAGCUUAAUUCCAUUGUGGAUUUCUUCACAAUAACUCCAGUCUGUACAGCCUUCUAUCUAGGAAAAAAUUGGCUUGGUUUACGCUUCUUAAAAGCAUUGAGAUUGAUGGAACUUCCCAAAAUUUUGCAGUUUCUCCAAAUCACCACUAGUGGUACUGCAAUCAAGCUGUCCAAACUGCUAGCUGUAUUUGUCAGUACCUGGCUCACGGCUGCAGGAUUUCUUCACUGGAUGGAGAAUACUGGAGAUCCCUGGGUACAUAACGGCAAUCAUCAAACCUUGACUUACUUCGAAUGCUUAUAUUUGAUCAUGGUAACUAUGUCUACAGUUGGAUAUGGAGAUAUCGUGGUCCAAACCACCAUAGGACGUGUGUUCGUACUUUUCUUCAUUGUUGGUGGUCUGGUCAUCUUUGCAAAUUUGCUGCCUGAGAUAGCAGACAUUGUUGGAAGCAGAAAAGUCUACAUGGGUUCCUAUGUAUAUGUGAAAGGCAGAAAGUUUAUUGUUGUUUGUGGCAAUAUCACUCUGAGCAGUGUGACUGCUUUCUUAAGUGACUUCCUAACUCAGCACAAAGGAAACAUAGCCAGUGAGAUAGUCUUUCUGGGAGAAAAUCCUCCCUCUCUGGAACUAGAAACUAUAUUCAGAUGUUAUGCUGCAUAUACCAGUUUUUUCUGUGGUUCUGUCAUGAAUAGUAAGGAUCUUCAGAGAGUUAAUAUGGGUAAUGCUGAAGCAUGCCUCAUUUUAGCUGAUAUAUGUUCUAUUGAUCCUUAUACAGAGGAUAUUUCCAAUGUCAUGAGGGUACUGUCUAUCAAAAAUCAUUUUCCAAACACCAGAGUUAUAAUACAAAUCAUCCAGUCUUCUAACAAGGUUUACUUGCCAAAACUGCCUGGAUGGGAUUGGAGAAAAGGUGAUAGUAUCAUCUGCUUUGCUGAACUCAAGCUUGGAUUAAUAGCUCAGAGUUGUGUGGUGCCAGGUUUGUCCAUGUUGUUGACCAGUUUGUUCAUUAGAGAAGAUAUCCAGCGUAUGGAUGUUUGGAUUAAGCGCCAUCAUGAAAUAGAAGGCCAAGGCUAUAAAGUGAUGACUCAGCUUCUUUCCAAUGAUUUUGCUGGCAUGUCCUUCAAAGACGCUUGUCGACUGUGCUUUCUGAAGCUGGAUCUCAUACUUCUUGCUAUUGAUUUUCGAUCUGGAAAACAAGGAAACAGCAUCCUGAUCAACCCACCUUCUGCAAUUAAACUCCAUUACAACACAAUGGGCUUUUUCAUUGCUGCCUCUGUCCAGGAACUGAAAAGAGCUUAUUAUUACUGUACACAAUGCCACAGUGGGAUCACCAAUCCUGAGCUCAUUGUGAAGUGUCAUUGCAAAAGAAAAAGUGUGAAAAAACCAAUCCCAGAUUCUGAAAACACAUCAAGCACGCAUGGUAAUUUGAGACGUCCAAAUGAAGUUAUAGUACAUUCACGAUCCCUUGGGAUUCUCUCCAUCUUGGAUUUUUUCCCCAGGCCUGUGUAUGGCUCUAAGACCAUUAUCAAGUUCGCAGGCAAUACUAUGGUGAUCAGACUCAACAACGAUGAUGAUGAUGAUUCAGAGUACAGGGAGGAGGUGGAGUGCCUAGCUACAUGGUGCGCUGACAAUAACUUAUUACUUAAUACUAACAAGACCAAAGAGCUCAUUGUGGACUUCAGGAAAAAGAAUGGUCACACACACUCUCCUAUAUACAUCAACGGGAGAAUGGUAGAACGUGUUACCAGCUUCAAGUUCCUGGGGAUCCAUCUCUCUGAGGACUUGUCCUGGCUGAUCAACACCACUAGUCUGAUUAAGAAAGCUCACCAGCGCCUCUUCUUCCUGAGAUUACUGAGGAAGAAUCACCUCUCCUCAGCUAUUCUGACUAAUUUCUACUGCUGCACAUUCGAGAGCAUCUUAACUAGCUAUAUCUCAGUUUGGUAUGGAAAUUGCACUAUAAAAGAAAAAAAGACAUUACAGAGGGUGGUGAAAACCACCCAGCACAUUAUAGGGAUUCCACUUCCUGCCAUUGUGGACAUUCAGAGGAAACGAUGUCUGCGUAAAGCCCACAGCAUCAUUAAAGACCUCUUCCAUCCAGCCCACAAACUGUUUACUCUUCUUCCAUCUGGGAGGAGACGUUCAGAAGAAGGAGAAGAAGAAGAAAAAGAAAUAGCUAGUUGUUGCUCAUUGGAUACUACAGGAAUGUUUCAUUGGUGUGAAGCUGUUCCUUUUGAAAUGGCACUCUUGAAACCCAAAAAGAAGUUUUUUAAUGACUUGCGUGAUCAUAUUGUAGUCUGUGUUUUUGGAGAUGCCACUUCAACCAUGAUUGGAUUACGGAACUUUGUAAUGCCACUGCGAGCUAGCAACUUUGCAUUCAGUGAGUUGAAGGACAUUGUCUUUGUUGGCUGCACUGAAUACCUUGAGCGGGAAUGGGAAUUCAUCCACAAUUUUCCCAAACUUCACUUACUGAAGGGCACUGGAUUAUCUUGUUCAGAUCUCAAGGCAGCUGGCAUCCAGUACUGCAGCAUGUGUGCCAUUCUGUCAGCCAAUCCCAGUGAUGUCAGUGAUCAAACACUAGUGGAUACCAAAUCUAUCUUGGCUACCCUGAAUAUACGUUUCUUGCAGUUCAAGCAAACUUCAUUGACAGCCCAAGGCCGAGAUGGGGAAACCAAUCAAGCCCCAAGAGUUUUUUCCAAACGGAUCUCUGUCAUCACCGAGCUUAAGGUAGCUGCAAAUGCACAGUUCUUUCAGCAGAGUCAAAUGGAAAACUCUGACAAGUCAGACCAUAACUUAUCCAAAGGGGCACUGUUUUCAGACAGCUUUUUGGAUUCUCUGUUGUGCACAACCUACAAUAAUUACCAUGUGCUGGCUUUGCUUCAGACACUGGUGACAGGUGGGACCAGCCCAGAUCUUGAAGAAUAUUUGGCAGACGGGACUUCACUGAUUGGCAGUAAUAGCAAUAUGAUGUCCUGGGGAGCUAGAAACAGAUGCAAACUGGCUCUUUUAACAUUAAUAGACGAUCCACAAUUAAUAGAAGGGCUGCUGUUCUUCUUUCACGAUGUGUUCACUAAAGCCCUUGAUAUGUAUGGAAUUCUUUGCUUCGGUAUCUAUCGCCUGAAACCUAACCCCAAUCCAUAUGAAAUCAGGAAAGUAUAGUUUGUGAUUGCUCGACCACCCACUAAUUUUGAGGUCCUUGCUUCUGAUCAAUUCUUUUGCCUAGUUCCAUAUAACAUUUUAUCCAAAGACCUAACAAACGUAGUGAAGUCUAUUCCAGCAAAACGUCAAAGGACUACCUUUCAGAAGAAAGAUAAAAUACUCUUGCCCCACACCCUUGAUUUUUGUCAACAUUUCAUCUUAACAACUCAACUUGUUUAA